GGGCUUGUUGUCACAGGCCUGGUUGCUUAUUUGUCUCGCGACAUCUGGCAACACUGUGUGUGACCCCCUGUAAGUACCGAACGGUCCCUAACUGCCGUUAACGGCGUUCUCAACACGAUCACGGAGAGCUGUCACAGCCGGUAGUGACGGAGCUCUCCGGUACCGGGAAGUGUAGAUGAGCGGAUGGAGGUGUCGGUUUGUCCGUUUAUCAAUCAGCUGAUCGAUUAUUGAUGUCGCCGCUGCGCAGCCGCCCCGCGCGCCCCCCAUCAUCAGCACAUCCGUGUUGUCUCACCGGAGGAUGAGUCGGUAGGAGGCUAACAGCUAGCUAACGUCACCGAGCGGCGGCACCGGGCGGGUUUUCUCAUGUCGUUUCAUGUCCAGCGGAGCCGUUACCGUCACGAACCGGUCCGGAAGUUCCAUGGCCGUCGGCCGGUGUUGGGUCGGGCUGCCCGGUGAGCUGAGCGGGGAGGAUGCAGCAGCUAGCCACCGUUAGCUCCGCAGCUGUUUAUUUAUAUCGGUGUUAUGUAAGAGCGGAGCCCGUUUAGCUCCCGUUAGCUCCCGUUAGCUCCCGUUAGCUCCCGUUAGCUCCCGUUAGCCUGUCAGGAUGAAUGACGCGCAACAAGAAAUGUCUCCGGACUUCGUCUUGAUGCGUCUCGUGUCCGCGGCGGAGUACGACCGGCUGGACGAGCCCGACGACCUGAUGUCCGGGGGCGGCGGCUUCGGGCCCGUUAAAGCCGUGCUGGGUCACCACGGCGGCGGGUUUGAUCUGGACUCCGGCGGCCCCUCUCCAGGCCUCGGCUCGGCCUCCCCGCACUACAGCUCACCGCUCCCCGGGAAAGGUGAGCUGGACGGCGGGCUGGUGUUGACGCAGGCCCCGCCGGGCUCCGAGGCGCCGCUGUCCCCUCCGCCGCCCGAGGACUUUACCGUAGCGGCGCAGCGGUUUGUGGACUUCCCGGUGCAGCACGGCUCGGGGGCGCACGGGUCGAGGGCGCAGCUGAUGGUGUUUCAGAACCUGCUGCGGUCCGGAGACCGGAUCCUGGAGUGCGGACUGGAGCAGCCGCCCCCGGGGUUCCUCCAGGAGGAGGCAGAGAGACAGAGACAACAGCUGGACCCCGGAUCCGGUCCCGGUCCCGGUACCACAACGGCCUGUCCCGGCCCAGGAGGCGGGAAGGAGCAGAACUCUCAGUGCGUCCCGUCUGCAGAGGAGACCCUGCAUCCGCAGCAGCCGCAGCUGCUCCAGUGGCACCCGGUCCUCAGACUGUCCAAGGGGUCUGACGGGUCCCAGACGCCCCAGCAGGACGUCCCGGCUCUGGACUCUGAGUCCGGGUCGGUCCUGUGCCACCGACACCGCCUGCUGACCGAUCGGCUGGCCAAGUGGCCCCCGGGCCUGCUGGACCAAGCCCUGCGUCUGGGCCUGUUGGAGCCCAGGAAGAACUACUCCAGCGGGGGGGAGGACCCGGUCCUGGCUCUGGCCCAGAGGCUGGGUCAGCUGGGGGAGGGGAGGGAGGGAGGAGGAGGCGGGGGGGAGGAGAUGGUGCUCCCCCUGUCUCGAUGCUCCUGUCACAGCGGGGCGGGGGGCAUGGGGCCCGGGGAGGACCCGAGUGAGACCAGCGACGCCCUGCUGGUUCUGGAGGGUCUGGGAUCUGAGGAGGUGGGGGGGCUGGGGGAGGGAGGGGACAGGGAUGGAGGGGGCGCUGAGAAGGGGGAGACAGUGGGUGGAGGGGGGACGUCUGGGGGGGCGGGACCUGUGUUCUCCAGCGGGACUCUGAGCGGUCUGAUGCGGCAGGUCCACAGACUGGCGGAGGAGGCGGGGGUCUGCACAGAUCAGACCUGCCGGACCUCGCUGGCAGUCCUCGGUGCUGCAGUGUCCCUCCCCCCCUGUGUAGACCCCCAUGCACCCAUCAGCAGCGCCCCCCUCUGCCCGUACCCCCCUGUCCGCCCUCAGGCCCUCCAGGCGGCGGCAGCCCUCAGCGGCCUCCAGGUCUCCCCUGACCCCCUCCCGUCCUCCGGUCCCGAUCCUGCCCACCGCCCCCAGCAUCAGCACCAGUCCCGCUCCCAGCCCCAGAGCCGCGCCACCACCCCCAAACUGGGCGUGGCCUCUGGGGGAGCGGGGCGGUCUGCUUCCCCCCUGGUGGUCCUGGAGGGAGGGGGGGAGAAGACGCUGCGGGGGAAGUCCAGGAAAGGGGGGUCCCUGAAAGUCCGGCUCAGCAAGCUGUUCAGGACCAAGAGCUCCAGCGGGGGGUCGGGGGGGCUGCUGGACAAGAGGCCCUCGCUGGCGUCGUCCACCUCGUCAGGCGGGAGUCUGCUGGACGUGUGGGGGUCGACCUGCAGCAACACGGAGCCCGACAGCAGCAGGCUGCAGGUGUCCAGACCUCACAGUGCCUUCUCUCCGGUGCCCUUCACACCUGCUUUCACCGGUGAGACGGUGUCUCUGGUUGAUGUGGAUAUUUCUCGGAGGGGGGUGAACUCUCUCCACCCCCCGACUCCUCCUCCUCCUCCCAGACGGAGCCUCAGUCUGCUCGAUGAUUUCGGGGGUCCUCCUCAGCAGCACGCUCCCUUCAGUGUGGGGGCGUCCAUGCAGUCGCUGCCGCCCCGCCCGCUGGCCCUGCCCCCCUCCAUCAGCACCAUCCAACACAGCCUGAGCCUCAACGACACCUUCCUGAGAGGGUUACCGAGGCCCAUCCCUCUGCGUCCCGACGGUCAGCACCCCCCUCCCAGACUCGCCCCUCGCUGCCCCCUCAGUCGACCCGACGCCGGCAGCUUCGCCACCAGCCUGAGAGAACUGGAGAAGUGUGGCUGGUACUGGGGACCGAUGAACUGGGAGGACGCGGAGAUGAAGCUGAAGGGAAAACCAGACGGAUCGUUUCUGGUUCGAGACAGUUCGGACCCUCGAUACAUCCUGAGUCUGAGCUUCAGGUCGCAGGGAGUCACACACCACACGCGCAUGGAGCACUACAGAGGGACCUUCAGUCUGUGGUGUCACCCUAAGUUUGAGGACCGCUGUCACUCUGUGGUGGAGUUCAUAGAACGAGCCAUCAUGCACUCCAAGAACGGAAAGUUCCUCUACUUCCUGCGCUCCAGAGUCCCUGGUCUGCCCCCGACCCCGGUCCAGCUCCUGUACCCGGUCUCCAGGUUCAGCAGUGUUAAAUCUCUGCAGCAUCUCUGUCGCUUCUGCAUCAGACAGCUGGUUCGGAUCGACCACAUCCAGGAGCUGCCGCUGCCCACGCCUCUGAUCUCCUACCUGAGGAAGUUUUAUUACUACGACCCUGAAGAGGAGAUCAGUCAGUCCCUGAAGGAGAGAGGACCAGAGCCCAGCCACCACACGGGGGUCCGGUCAGAUGUCCAACCAGGGGUCCAGCUGGUGGUCCAGCCAGUGGUCCAGCCAGAUAUUCAGCCGGUGGUCCAGCCAGAUAUUCAGCUGGGGGUCCAAUCGGGGGUCCAGUCUCAAACGUAGCACUGGAGCCUCAGAGGACAAUUCCUUUUCUUUUCUUCGUCUUCUCUUUGUUUUUCGGACACUUGAUCUGCUGAUUGAAGGACGCUCAAACUUUCAAACUGGACUCACAGACUUGCAGCCAAUCAGCUCCCUGCGCUCAGUCCUGUAUCCAGGCGGGUUUCAGAUGAUCCACCCUCCUCCGAGCGCUCUGACGGGGGAGGGACAGGGGAUGUGGGGACUCCGCCUCUCUCUUGAUGUCAUCACUGAGCAGCUGGACUAUCACUGUUAGCGAAGACGCUUAAUAAAAAAAACAAAGAACCUCAGCGUGAGGAAACAUUUAGUCGCCUUUAGGAUCCUUUAACUUCCAACACAAACAUGAGACCAGUAUUUAACAGUAACGCCGGCGGUCUGUGUCCGUGUGGUGCGUCACUAACUUCAACUCAUGGUCAGAUUCAGCACAAUGAGUCCACACUGCAACAAAAUAAUCUCAACUCGCGGAGCUUUUGACCAUGUUCAGUGAUGAUGGUGAGAUCUGUGCAUAAAGCUCUGAUCACAACAGGAAGUAACAGUUCAUCCACACAGCAGCAGAGCUGGUCAGUGACAAGGUUAAAAAGAGGAAGAGUCAUGGCGUCAUGUUGUGUCAUAUCAUCAGGGUGUAACACGUACACACUUUUGUCCUGUUGUUACAGAUAUUUGUUUUUAGCGUGGACCAACUACCACUGAGACCACUGCACGCUCUGUUGUUUUGAUGAUUCCUCAAGGUGACAGUCGAGACGUGAGGUCACUCUCACAUCUCGACUGUCACCUUCUCUGUCCUCUCU